GAAAUAUGCAAAUACAGCUAAAACGCGCCAAUAGGACCUUGCUAGCUCGUGCUUGACUCUGCCCACCUCCUUGCUUGUUCUGCCCACUAUGACUCAUUUGAACCGACAGGUUGUGGUGUAUCUUGGUUAAGUUAUACAAAUCUUUGAUAAGAGAGCGCUUGUUGAGUCGUUGAUGGUUCGCAAAGCAAGGUACCCCAACUCGGAGAAACCCACGCGUUGGUCGAACCUUGCCUCGGUUUAAUUCACAUAUGUAUUAUUUUUCCCCCCGUUUUUUUCUGGUAGAAUAUUCUCAAACCUCGAUAUUAAAUUGUAUUCCGCGGCAUGUAGUAAGCGUGCUGUCUAACGUUACCGGCUUUGCGCCAGGAGUGAAGACCAAUCAAUCACCGGGUACCUUCGCUAGCUCGGUUGUGUGUACAGUGUGGUGUUGCUGAGGCAAGGGAAAAAACGCAGCGGUCACCGAUGACUGGAUCUCGUGGCGUGACCACUAAUGCUGUCUAACAAACACGGCGAAUCCCAGUCGCCGGUGUAAAACGCGGUGUGUAAAAUACAUCUUGCAGCCCUCGACCCAUAUUAUAAUAAUAGAUAGGUCGAUAGCGGGAGAAGCGCAACGCAAGGAUGUUGCAAGUGCUGGCUUGCGGCGUCGUAGUUUUCCCCGGACUCUUCUUCGUCUUUCGGAGGGUACUCCCGUCCAUUUUCAAACAGUGGACCGAUGCAGACGUUGUACUGGUCAGCGAGAGGCUGGUGUCCUCCGUCCAUGCCGUCAUGGCCACCACGGCAGGAGUCAUCGUCGUGUUGGCGUGCAGCGGUAACAUCAUGACUGACAGGUACUGGCUGGCUACCUACUUUGUCAUCUGGUAUGGCGUGCCCUACAUGACAUACGAUAUCUACGCCAUGUACCUCAGCCACUACUACCGCUUCCGGGUCAAGGGUCACGAGGAGUAUAAGGAGCACUCGUUGACCACGGUCAACUCGUUUGUCCGCCGUGAGUUCCUGCUGGUGCUCCACCACAUCGCGCUGCUCACCAUCCUGCUGCCUGUCACCCUGUUCUUCAGGAGGGACCAGGGCGAUUACUUCAUCGGCUGCCUGUUCCUCACAGAGCUCAGCACGCCCUUCGUCUCCUUAGGGAAGAUCCUCAUCCAGGCGUACAGAUACAGAGCCUUGGUGUGGAAAAUCGGAAGGCGGGCUUCAUCAGUGCGUCACGCACCACUGUGCAAUGAGCUGGAGGCACUGGGUCUGCAGGACUGUUGGAUCCAUAAGGCCAACGGGGGCAUGGUGUUGCUCAGCUUCUUCCUGUGUCGAAUCGCCCUCUUUCCCUACAUGUACUGGGUCUACGGCCGUCACUACGGCAUCCCCGUCUACGGCGUGCCCUUCCACCUGACACUGUCGGUCAACCUGGGCAGCCUGUGUAUCCUGGCGCCACAGGUCUACUGGUUCGUGCUGCUCUGCCGCAAGGGUUGGCGGCUCUACCAGCGCCAGUGUCACUCCACCGCUGCUGCCGGCAGCCAGGACUCCUCCCCCCUGCCCCCACCUAGCCCCCCCUCCCUCACGGACAGCCAACCCAAGGGAAACCACUAGAGCUGGAGAGCUCACUCCGUCACCAUCGCGCUCUCUCUGUUCUUUCUCGGUUCUCUCUACUCUAUAUGCGCUCGAGUCACACAAAAAUGAACCACCAUCGACUACUACUUACUACUUCUACUGCAGAAGCACUUCGGCUACAUACCACAGUCUCCCCAAAACUACUACCGUUACUACUAUGAUUACACUAGUACUGCUACUGCUCCUCCUCCCCCUGAGCCCCCACUCCCAUGUUUCCCUUUUGCUUCGAUGCUACUGAUCGCUCCAUGCCCAGUCCAAGCUCCAUUUUUUUUUUUUUGGGGGGGGGUUACCACCACCCCCCUGUGCUUGGAUUAGAGGGAUUGGACAGGGGUUAUAUUUGUAGUGCUACACUGGAGUUUCCCUAAAAGAUAUGAAAAAGACAGAAUGGAGCUCCUGCUUUUUUCGGAGGGGGGGGUGCUGAGACACUCCCCCGGCCCCUCCCCUUCAUGUAUUACUUGCUCUGCUGAUUGGAAGAUCAGUUAGUGUAGAUGCUCUGCUGAUUGGAAGAUCAGUUAGUGUAGAUGAAUGAUCAGAUGAAGAUCAGUUAGUGUAGAUGAAUGAUCAGAUGAAGAUCAGUUAGUGUAGAUGAAUGAUCAGAUGAAGAUCAGUUAGUGUAGAUGAAUGAUCAGAUGAAGAUCAGUUAGUGUAGAUGAAUGAUCAGAUGAAGAUCAGUUAGUGUAGAUGAAUGAUCAGAUGAAGAUCAGUUAGUGUAGAUGAAUGAUCAGUUAGUGUAGAUGAAUGAUCAGAUGAAGAUCAGUUAGUGUAGAUGAAUGAUCAGAUGAAGAUCAGUUAGUGUAGAUGAAUGUGUCUGUAGAAUUUGUUGAUUUCUUUUGUUUGUCGAUUUUUAUGUCAAGUUCUGAAGAUUCACAUUUUAUGAAGUGUUUGUCCACCCACCCAGUCCUCAUCUUUAAAAGACCGCCGGCGGGAGAGGAGGAGAAGCGGGAAAGGGGACUUGGCAGGCAGAUAGUAAUGGUGACAAGGCUGGGUGGUGGGACGAGGGGUGGUGGGGUGGUAUGGGAUGGGGUGUUUACAAACUAAGAUAGGUACGGGUGUCACCUCAUCUACAUUUGAAGGAGAAAAUGAAAAAGAAAUGUUUGCACCAAGCUCUUUGCACCAGCAUAGCUACACAAAAACCCAUUUAAUGUGAUUGGAUUGUGGAACUCCACCCUCCUUUAUCCACCUCAGCGCCUCCCAUUGUCCCGUUUCCUCAUUCACCGUUCUCCAUGGCUGCCGCCGCUGGCCAAUCGGUGUGCCUGCAGCGCUCCCGUCUUCCUCCUUUGUUGUUUACGACCCAACAGGGUUCUGUGUGCUGUACUGCUGCCCUGCUGCGUCUGUUUACAUGAAUUCUCUAAACCCCGCCCCUCAGUGUCACACAGGGUGGGGCAUCACAAGCUAGGAGCCUCUCUCUAUAUUAUGUGCUGUGUCCUCCCUACCUAAAGGGGGUGGCUUAGCAAAAGCUUUGUUCGUAUGUUUACAUACGCAAGACUUCUCUGGGAGCGCUGUAGCAGCAUUAGAAGGAAUGGGAUUGCUCGUUUAGUCCCGGGUUCGGCUCCGUUGCAGCAGCUGAAGCUGCUUUUAAUGGGUGGAGACAAGACUUUACGGUCACUUGACGUGAAGUUUGCGGGGUGGGAGUGGUGGGGUGAUUCUGUUAGGUCAAUGCUGCCCUCUGGUAACGGGGUCUGGGGGGGCCACGUGGGAGGGGCUUGUCACGUUGUGUCCUCCAGGGACCGGCCCACUCGGUGCCAGUUGGAGCAAUAAAACGGACAGGGUUGAAAACAGCGAGGACAAUUUAAAACCCCAUGUAGUAGAGAUUAACCUGAUGUUUAGAUAUUAAAACAGUAAAGUUCCUAGCAUGAUGCUGGAGCAGGAUGAUUACACAGCUGCAUGCGGCCCUGCUCCAAAAUUAUACUCUAUUUUCAAAUAGAAGAUUGUCGAAUAGAAUAAGAAACGCUUGAUGGUGGCGAUACACUCAUUUCAUGUAUUCUACUUUUACUCAUGAUCGCCUAUUGUGGGGAUGAAUUAUGAGUUUUUCCUGACUUGGUUGGCUCCUUAGGACAGGUCAGCAACGGGAAACAACCCCAGUUUUUUUUUAAAGUAACUGUCCAGUGAAAAUCUCACUUUUAAAAGUUCAUAUUCUGUUAACUUGUACCCAAAUGUUGACUCAUCCUAUAGUUGUAUUUGUGGCCAAAGCAUAAAUUGGAGAAAAAACCCCAACUCAGAAUUGUAUCUAGAGCUGGGACGAUAAGCAGAAAAUUACUGACAUUACCUUCCCCUUACCGAAGCAUUUCGCAUACAUCAGGAAUUUUCUGUGAUUUUGCUACAAUGUUUCUGUAGUUUGUUCUAAAAUCAUUAUUUGGUCAACAGUAAUAGCCUAUGCAUUAUGUUGAUUCCUGCCUGUCCCUGUUUGGCUGUUGGCUGCGGACACCCACUGUACACGGCGGAGGAGAGAGGCAUUCUGAGAAGCACAAGCAUAUGGCCGUUGCUCAAAAUGCUAUUGGGGGGGGGGGGGAAUACAGUUUUCAAAGCAACUACUUUUGUUCUAGUUAGAGAGGAGACUCACAGCUUUCUGGGAGUAUAUCAUGUAUUUAUCACCUCAAUAUUGAGUUCAUGGCAACACUUUACAACCGGAAUAGGCUGUAGUUAGUAUGGUUUUGAUGCAGCGGAGAUGAGCGGAGCCCGCCAUUUGCAGUUAAUAGGCCUACAUCAAGUAGCCUAGGCCUAGUGCUGGAAAGUUUUUGUAGGACAUUCGCCAACGUUUACUGAUGGCCAUGUAGGCUAAUUAUUUAUUCUAUAUAGCAACAAUAUCCUAUUUAGAGUUAGCAAUCUAGCUGUUUUGAGUUCCCACUUCCUCAGGUGGUGAAUAAUAUAGCCUUUUUUAGGCCAAUGUGCACAAAGAUGUCGUCAAAAAUAAAUCUGCUAAUAUUGGAUCAUAUUUUAAUAGGUUACACAUCAAGGUAUCUCAUGCAUUUCCUGGAUAUGUUAGAUGAAAUGGCUUACUUUUUGAGUCAGGCUGCCAAGUAUUACUUGGCACUGAAAAAUAAAUCAUCUAGAGCCCUGCCGCUAAUGUAAAGUAAAAAAAAAAAUGUUUAGCAUUGUAUUUGUUAUCGAGCAAUAUUGUUACAUUUAUUGCAAUACUACUUUUUGUCCAUAUCGCCCAGCUCUAGCACCUCCCAAUUAUUUUUAAUCAUAAUUUAAUCACAGAAAUAUCAUUAGCUCAUUUUUAGUUUUUUACAUUAUCGUGAUAUGGAUUUUUGUCCAUAUAGCCUAGCUCUACAGACAGUUUAAAAAAAUGCUUGCUAUUUCCGCAUAGAGGAUGAUGACAUCCUCUUGAGGAAGAUGGGCUGGCCAAUCAGCGGUCUACUCGCGUUAAUAUUUUUUGACUGGUCGACGCCCACACCAUUCGGCUGUUGGGGUACGCCCACACCAUUCCAAAACAGAAAAUAUGCUUUUUAACACAAUUACAUUUUUGGGGGAGAAGAAACAAUUUCACUCAUUGUAAUUAAUUAUAGGUCAUAUUUCAUAGAAAUCUGGAAACACUGGCCAGUUACUUUAAAUGUGAUACAUCUUAUCAUAUUGUCCACACAACCCAUAUGGCCUUGAAUACUUUUCCAGAGUUUUAUGUUGUCGUUUAACCUACUCGUCCUUAGCCUUCAAAUAUGAAGGCAAUAGUUCUAUAUAAAUUAAUGAAACACCGUUAACUUGUAGAUAAUUGUUACUAAUUUACCAGUAAAUUGAGGUGCUGGUUAUUUUAGCCAGAGUGCCCAUCCACGGCAUGUGUUUUAUAGUGGCAAGGAGGAACUGACGCUUGUUGGCAUCAGUGCUGCUAGCAUGGAGCACCAAUCAUAGGGCUGUAAAUACAGGAUAAUAAUAACUAAAUAUGUUUGUUUUUAGAGAAUGAAUUACCAUAUGCACAUGUUUUUUUAUUUUUUAUGAUGACAACCUUGAUAAUGAGAAGCUUUCUGUAGAUUCUGUUAGCACUUUGAAAAGUCUGAAGCCGUGAGAGGUACAUUUUAUAUCACGUACACACACACACACACACUAUUUCUGCUCAUACUCAACACAUUCUUCUAGUUUUAACACUGACCAGACUUAAGAAGGCUGCCCUUGGCAAUUGGACACAUUUGAGAAUGGAGGGCAGUGUUUGUGUGAGGACCAAGACAACUUUGCUUCAAACCUACAUGCGCCGACCGCAUUUUAGCUUGAGCAAAUCAUCAUGUAUUUAAUCAACGUUAUCUGGUCUUAGAGGCUAUUUUAAUAACUAUUGGACCCUGGUCAGGAUGCACCUUUGCAUCAGUUUUGUCAACGUGGCCCUGGCCGCUGAAGUUCUGUCUGCAUGUUAGGUUGCAUUUUGGGGAUUCUACUGUCCUCUGUAGGAGACUACUGCAUUGUGGCGACUCUGCUCUCUUUAGGAAACUACUGCAUUGUGGGGACUCUGCUCUCUUUAGGAAACUACUGCAUUGUGGGGACUCUCCUCUCUAGCGGACGGUUGCAUUGUGGUGACACUGCUCUACUCCGUAGACCGCUGCAUUGUGGGGACUCAGCUGUUUUCUGCUGAGAAACACUCCAGUCCGGGACCAAACCACUGUGCUUCCGGGGCGGCGCUGGAGCAAGAGCAGAGCAGAGCAGGGCAGAGCAGGCAGAAGGCUGGGGAAGGGAGGAAGGGAAGCUAAGUGCUGCUGCUGUUAAAUGAUGGGCUUGUUUGGCCUGGACCCAGAGGCAGAGGCAAAGAGUCCAACUCUAUCAAUAUGCCUCGACUCAAGUGUCUUUUGUCUGUCUGUCUGACUGAUGUGACCACAGAACUCCGUACAGAAACAUCCCAGGCCUUCUAAUCGUGCGCUCUCACUCUCUUGUCCUCCCUAUUUCUCUGUCUCAAUCUUUCUCACUCACUCCUCUAUACGUUUACCAGCAAUGGGGAACAUCACGUCAUGCACCACGUCUAUUUCUAUGGGCACAAGCACUGUUCAUGACAAACUGUUCACACCUCUCUUGUUGAUGGAGAGAAUGCAGGUUUAAAGCUUAUUUCCUGCAAUUCUGCUGAUUUAUUAUUUUUAUUUUUUUUAUAUAUAUAUUUUUUUUAAAUUUAAUAUUAUUCUAAUUUUUUUUGUCAUGGGCUGCAAAGAAAAUGUUGCAGUUUUAAUGCAAAUGUUUUUGCAAUUCUAUACAUUUUGCCAUGUCUAAUGUGUGUUCAUGUGAAAUUUGAGUGACAAAAAAAUGACAUUAUCUAUGAGCUAAAAAACUGUUAGCUGACAUGGGCUAGUUGAUCUGGACAUUUCUAACAAGUUAUAAAUAACUCUAAGGUUUGCAAUGACUAACAUGACAAGAGGAACUGAUGAUGCGUUACCCAAUUUCGAAAUUGCACCUUGAGCAUUCUACUAUUACAGCUCUCAAGAGUAAGUUUUUAAAGCUGGACUGUGUUCCUUAAAAAAAAUUAUGCUGACUGCAGGGGGCGCGCCCCACAGUUUGGGAACCACUGAUCUAGAUGAGCCAUUGCUGGCAUCAGGUGUCCAGUCUCUCCACUCAGCAGCUCAGGAGUCCAGGGAACACAGUGUUAAUUAGGCUACAGGGCCAUUUCCUAGCAAGGCCAAUCAGGCCAUCAUGGCUUUAAAAAGGCCCUCUGGAUGUGCUGCUCACAGCGACACGCCUCAAGGCCAGACUCUCCAUCUGUUCACAUGGAUUACCUCCCAACUGGCAACCUAUACCCUAUAUAGUGCACUACAUUUGACCAGAGCCCUAUUUUAUGUACUGCACUAGAUUUUAUGUAGGUCUACUUUUAAUGCAAGAUGUCCUUGACUAUCUUGAAAUGUGUACCUCAAGUAAAAUGUAUUAUUAUUGGACCAGAGCAGAAUCUGCGUGCCCUCAUUAGUCAAUUCCACGAAUAUCCUCACGAUGCAGGACCGCCACAACCAAUCGCCUCACAAUACAGGACAACCACUGUUGGGAACCUUAUAUGGUUGACAUUGACAUUGACAUUUCAGAGACAUUUGCCCCCAUCUUGAAGCGUUUUUUAUUGAUUUGAUAUGUAAGCCCAUGACAGAUGGGGUUUGCCUGAAAAGGUGAGGGUGACAUUGAUGGCUUUAGGGAUUUCCAUGGUAUACUUUUGCAAUUACUCUUAGUCUGUUGCAAGGUCACGGUCGAUGUCGUUGUGAGGUAUGAGGCGGAUUAUAGAGAGCUAGUAGUCUCGUACACUUUGACACUCAGGGCACCUCGACGUGUCGCUAAAGUGCAAUCCCCCGCCCCCUGCCUUGACAUCCAAUCCAGAGCCUUCGAAUCAUGCGGUUCAUAGGGUUCAAGGGUCUGCAUGCAAAACACAUAUCCUGUUAAUCAUCUUUAUUUUAAUUCUUAUUCAGUACAGAUUUGUUUUGUUAUAAUAUAUGAAGUCUUAUGUUCGGCCUUCUCGGAGGCUCCUCUCUUUGCUCAGGGUUUGAUGAGGAUGUUAACAUAUAACUGUAUAACUUAGAUUUGUUUAAAAAAAAGUGAAAUGAGUUACGAUGCAUUCUGAAAUAUGAAAAUACCUGGAAUGGUGUGCGGUCUUCUCCUGCUUGUGCCGUUGUUUUCUUCUUUGCUUUCUUCCAAAUGCAUUUUGACAUGGCUUGUAGUAUUGCAACCUGUAGGGUUGGUAGACCAAAGAUUGUCAGGCACUUUAGUCAACCCCCCCCCCAGACUGCAUGGGGCAGUGUCUCCCCUUCCCACUAACACAACCCUUAUCCCAGGUCAGCAUCCAUCCAUAUCCACUCUAUGUAGGAGCCUCGGCACGGUGAAGCGUGAGUUGUGCAUUAUCAGUGUGAUCAGGAUUAAUGGCUGUGCAGAGGUGGAACAUUUAGCUGGGGUCUGGGGGCAGUGCCCCCUAGGCUUACUUUUCCAGUAGUUUUGCUGCUUUGAUUUCACACAUAUCCACACAGGGCCGGUCCCUCUUAUCAAGGGACUCACAGGGGCCUGGUAGGUGUUGAGAGUAUGGCCCAAUGACUGACUGGCCAUUGGAUUCAAGUUAAGAGUGAAUUGGGUUAAAAUAAGGGGGGUUACAUUUCUAUAACUGGGCUGAUAAAACAAUUUUUUUUAAAUAUGCAUUUUAUCCGUUGCAUGCAUUCCCGCCGUCCUCUUAGUACAAUACUACUGUACACGUCUUCUGUUCAAAAAGCCCCCAUACUUUAUUUUUUACCCCCUUUUUCUCCCCAAUUUCGUGAUAUCCAAUUACGAUCUUGUCUCAUCGCUGCAACACCCCAACAGGCUCGGGAGAGGCAAAAGUCGAGUCAUGCCUCCUCUGAAACAUGACCUGCCAAACCGCUCUUCUUAACAUGAACCCGCUUAACCCAGAAGCCAGCUGCACCAAUGUGUCGUAGGAAACAGUUCAACUGACGACCGAAGUCAGUCUGUAGGCGCCCGGCCCACCACAAGGAGUCCCUAGAGCGCGAUGAGCCAAGUAAAGCCCCCCCGUGGCUAAACCCUCCCCUAACUCGGACGACGCUGGGCUAAUAGGGCAUCGCACAAUGGGACUCCCAGUUACAGACGGUUGUGACACAGCCUGGGAUGAAAUCCGAGUCUGUAGUGACGCCUCGAGCACUGCGAUGCAGUGCCUUAGACCGCUGCGCCACUCGGGAGGCCUUAUAUUUUUUUAAGACAAAGGGUGUUUCAACUCCUUUGGCGGGUCUUCCAAUGUGCUUCUCUCUUCCAUCAUCACGGUUUGGUUAAAGUUUUUAUAUACUCAAGUUCCGAAUUUGUUUGCUGUGCUUAGUUUUUUUGUGGAUUUAGACUCUCUCUAUGACAGUACACGGUGUACUGUUAACGUUUUCUGUCCCGAAUCGGACUUCCAUCCUCGCAAUAGUGUCUGUCACCUCAUGUCCCCUUUUGGCUGUGUAAUUUACUAAAUGCAGCUUAUUCACUACCUUCAACACUCCCUGUCUCCUGUUAUUUUUGAUAACAUUAUCUGAUUUUUUUCAUAUAUUUAUAUAUCUGAUUUUGAUAUAUACAUAUAUAAAGGUUUUUUGUUUGUAGUGUGCCCUUUUUUGAGGAAUUUCUUAUCUGAAAAACGAAUGGGCUCUUUAACUAACCUAAACAUUGAUUGAGAGGAAUUAUUUUGUUGCAACUUGUAAAAUCAGACACCCCAUAAAGACAAAUAAAACUGAUUUGAUGAAUCCUUUUAAA